UUACUAGGCUAAUUUAUUAUUUGGCAAAUUAGAAAGAUAUUCCUCAUCUAACAUCUAUCUUACUUGGAUAUUCUCUUUAGCUUGCUUAUAAUUUCACUUGCAAAGCAAAUUCAGCUGAUUUCAACAAUAUGGUUUUAAAGGUUUUCGAUAACUUACAGCAAGUUUGUAAAAUCUUUUCUUCAUUACUUAUUCAAUAUAAAUUAAAAAGGUUUACCAACCCAUGUAGGAAAAUGUCAGUUGGUCGCGAAUCAGAUCACAUCAGUAGAACCGCUGGCUGCAGAAGAGAGGAGGAAGUUUCAACUGCUGAAGUUGUAGAGAUACAAAGAAUAUCUGGAACAGUGAGAUUAUUGAAGCUUUAUGUUUAUGACUCCUUCACUUUUAAAGCAGGCCAGUGGGUGGAUAUGUUUAUCCCUGGUAUAUCAGUUAUUGGUGGAUUUUCUAUCUGCUCAUCACCUCAUCUCCUAGCAACAGAGAGAAUUAUCCACUUAGCUGUCAAAUUUGCUGACCACCCUCCUGCAUAUUGGGUCCACAAAAAGUGCAAAGUUGGUGACAAAGUCCAGCUGAGAGCAGGUGGAGAUUUUUACUAUGACCCUCCUGAUGCUGCAAGUGGUCAAGAUUUACUUCUGCUGGCAGGUGGCGUGGGCAUCAACCCAUUGUUUAGCAUGUUGCAACAUUUUCUUCACAUCAACCCUGGUCAGAGCAGUCCAAGUGGAGACAAUCCCAGCAGAAAAGCUGCCCUGUUAUAUAGUGCUCAAACCCCAGAGGAACUAAUAUUUAAGGAUGAUUUGCUGAAGUUGUCUGAGAAAAAGCAUGUGUUCAUAAAGAAGUUCAUUACCAGAUGUGGACCACAGGAGAUGAAGGGAAAUGCCUUUUCAGCUAGUAGAAUUCAACUAGAAGAUAUAAAAACUGCUUUAAUACAGUUGGACAAACAGAAGUCUGAUGUGUACAUAUGUGGACCUUACCCAUUUAUCCAAACCAUGGAAGAAUACUGUGUUAAGUUGGGCAUUAACAAUAGACAAAUUCAUUUUGAAAAGUGGUGGUAGUACAGUGUUGGUUAAUGUGGUUGUAUUUAAUUCUGUGAUAUGGCAAUAUUGUGUUGGUGUAUUAAAUUAUCAACAUUAAACUGAAACCUUCACGUUAAUCUUCAUAAUUUCAGUGGUGUAUUUGUGCUGUUUUACUUAUGGCG